ACAUAUAAUCUACACAUCAUUCAAUACUAAAUAUACAUCUUAAUACACAUGUAAACCAAAUUCUGUCCUUUUAUUAAUUUGAUUGCUAAUGUUGUUUUUAAUGUCAUACAUUUUAAGUCCAUGAACUCUGACUCCCUUAGCAGUGUGCUGACUACUGAACUAGAGCUGAUUAUUUCUGUUAAUUAUUCUCAUCUUAAUCACAGAUAAACUGAGGUCCAUGUGAAACUUUUAUAAAGAUGGAGUUUAUUAAAGAGGAGAGUGAAGAAAUGAAGAUUGAAGACACAUUCAGAGUCAAACAUGAAGAGAUUGAGGAACAAACAGACCUGAUGGCACUGAAAGAGGAGAGUCAAGGACUGAAUGAAACGGAAGAGAAAGAUAAAAAUGAGGAACAUCAUGAUUUCAAAACUGAAGAAAAAUCAAUUAGUUGUUCACAGACUGAAAAGACUCAGAAAAUACAAACUAAAACCCUUAAUUCCAACAUAAUUCAUAUUGGAGAGAAACCUUACACUUGCAAAAUGUGUGGAAAGUGUUUUACACGGAAAUAUCACCUUAAUGUCCACAUGAGAAUUCACACUGGAGAGAAACCUUACACCUGCAAAAUGUGUGGAAAGUGUUUUACUCUGAAAAGUCAGCUUAAUGUCCACAAGAGAAUUCACAGUGAAGAGAAACCAUUCAUAUGCCCUCAGUGUGGAAAGAGAUUUAAACAGAUAAAUGGCCUUAAUGUCCACAUGAGUAUUCACACUGGAGAGAAACCUUACACCUGCAAAUUGUGUGGAAAGUGUUUUACACUGAAAAAUAACCUUAAUGUCCACAUGAAUAUUCACACGGGAAAGAAACCUUACACCUGUGAGCUGUGUGGAAAGUGUUUUACACGAAAAGAGCACCUUAAUGUUCACAAGAGAAUUCACAGUGAAGAGAAACCAUUCAUAUGCCCUCAGUGUGGAAAGAGAUUUACAAAGAUAUAUGGCCUUAAUGUCCACAUGAGUAUUCACACUGGAGAGAAACCUUUUACCUGCAAAUUGUGUGGAAAGUGUUUUACACAUAAAAAUAACCUUAAUGUCCACAUGAAUAUUCACACUGGAAAGAAACCUUACACCUGUGAGCUGUGUGAGAAGAGUUUCACACGAAAGGAAGAUCUUGAGAUUCACAUGAGAAUUCACAGUGAAGAGAAACCAUUCAUAUGCCCUCAGUGUGGAAAGAGAUUUACACAGAAAAAUAGCCUUAAGGUCCACAUGAGAAUUCACACUGGAGAGAAACCUUACACUUGCAAAGUGUGUGGAAAGUGUUUUACACAUAAAAAUAGCCUUAAUGGCCACAUGAGAAUUCACACUGGAGAGAAACCUUACACCUGUGAGCUGUGUGGAAAGUGUUUUACACGGAAAGAUCACCUUAAUGUCCACAUGAGUAUUCACACUGGAGAGAAACCUUACACCUGCAAAUUGUGUGGAAAGUGUUUUACACAGAAAAUUCACCUUAAUGUCCACAUGAGUAUUCACACUGGAGAGAAACCUUUUAUCUGCAAACUCUGUGGAAAGAAUUUCUCACAUAACAUAUACCUGAAGAAUCACAUGAGGAUUCACAACUAGAGAGAAUCCGUUCGCAUGUGGUCAGUGUGGAUAGAGUUUCAGAUAUAAAGAAAGCCUUAAUAAUCACAUUAAGUUUCAUUCAAGAGAGAACAGUUUUAAAUGUCAUCAGUGUGAAAUGAGUUUCACAGAGAGGAAACAUCUUAAGAAUCAUGUUAAAAUUCACGUCUGAGAUAAGCCUUUACUGUGCCAUCUCUGUGGAAAGAGAACUUUGCUCAACAGGAGGACGCCUCGAGAAACACUUGAGAAUUCGGCUGGUCUCCAUGUUUGGAAACCCAGAGUCUCAGUCAAACGCAGUCAGUCCAGUAUGGGAUGACAACAGCAAAGAAAAUACUAUUUUGAAGAAAGUUUGUACACAAAUUUGAGAUGUGGCUAACGGAGUUUAGCAGUGUGCUACAAAUGGAGAAAUUCUGAUGUGAAAUUGUAAACCGAAGAGAUUCUUACAGAUAUGGAAACUCUUUUAAAUAUCUUGAAGGUGAUAACUGAUUAUUAAUUUCAACACUCUAGACAAGGGAUAGGCAAUGAUGGUUCUGGGUACCACUGUCCUGCAGAUUUUAGGUCCAACCCUAAUCAAACACACCUGAACAAGCUAAUUAAAGUCUCCAAAGUUACAAGGGCUACAGGCAGGUAUUGGUUUUUUCAAGGUUUGAGCUAAACUCUGUAGGACAUCGUCACUCCAGGACCACGUUGCCUAUCCCUGAUCUGGACAUAUUCUCUGUGUGGUGUGAAAGACUAUGUCUAGUAAGGUUAUCAUGCAGCUAUUGAAUAAUUGGAUAAUAUUUUGUACUGAAAUUUUAUUUUAUAUAGCCCCCCUCCCAAUUUUAGAAAACUUUUGGGGCAUCAUAAAGAGGAAGAUGCGACAAAGAAGACCUAAGACAGUUGACAUCCAAAGCAGUUUGACCAAUAACAUGUAGGUAUUGUUCAUAAUUGACCAAUUGUGGGGCUGCGCGUGAGAGGGUGAGAACUACAAGGAACGAUCAAAGCUGUGCCAACAUGUGUUUGUUCGGUCGAUUGACUUGAAUCAUUGCUGCACACCAAUCAAAAAAAGACACCAAAGUAGGUUCGAGAGAGCAAAUCGAAAGCAUUAGGAGCGGUCUGCUCUGCUUUCUAUAGCUCACGAAUGUCACACAACUUGGAUAUUUUAGGCACAUGUGGCGCAUCUGGCCACUUUAUUGAGUAUAAACUGCUUACCUGUGCGCCCACUUUCCAGUGAUCACUCCGGUGUAUUCUCCAAGUUCCUGUUUUCCUUAUCAUCCAGUUGUCAUCGUGUGUAUAAGUGCUCCAUGUGUGGUUGUAGCUCCAUGUAGCUUUGCUUUUCUGUUGAAUCUCCAUCUUACUAUCACUCUCUGUUGUCAAAAGUGAUCAAAUAUAAACUUAAUUCCAACCAUAUAUUCGAAAUUAUCUAUCAAACUAAUCUGACCAUUCGCUUUGUAGCCGAUCUGACUCGAACCAGACAAAUUAAAGAGUCGAUCAGGACUGUGGUUGAAACACGAGCCGAAUACCUCAGGAAGUCCUAAAACAUUCUGUGCCACAAGUCCCAAACAAGAUAACCAACCAACCAACUCUGCAUCUUCAGCCAACGCCCAACCACGGGCUUCCCAAGACGUCACUUCAGCGACUACUGAACUUCCAGCCAAUCAGCGACAUCGGAAACCCCCUUUCAACGACAACAAAGGGACACCUUUACACAGGCUGUCUGUACUGGUGUAUCUAAUAUAAUUUUAACCUCAUUGAGGAACUCAAUGCGAUGGUUAAUUAAGUGAUUGAUGGUUGUUCAUGUCUAUGCAAUUUAACGUAUUGCUGUAAACUUGGGAUUCCACAUUUCCAUUCUCUUAAACUCAUCUUUCCCUAACUUUCGAUUUUCCUGCAACUUGUGUGAAUGUAUGAGUGCGUGCGUUUAUGUGUUAGAUUAGUUUAUGUCUUAGAUUUAUCUAAUAAAGCCUUAUUCAUAUUGAAAAGAGAAGUAUCUUGUGUUUUGUGCUUACAAGUUAAUGUCUUAAAUUGCCGAUCUUGUUACUGUGCUAAUUGAUAUUGUUUUCACUAUAGUUUGGAUAUUAAUAUCCAGUGCAGAUUUGAUGUUAAACGGCUCGUUCAGUGAAUCGCAGGGCGUCUCAGUGAUCAGCCAUGAAACAGUGAUUCUGUUCAAAUUCCCUUUAAAAUCUUAGCUAAAUUGACCUGUUUCCCUUACAGCUUUAAAUUUUACAUUGCAAAUGCUUUGCGCAUACACCGCGUUAGCAUUCGUUAGCUUGUCAUUCACAUUUCCACUCGCGCUUCUAUUCGCAUCUACUACAGUUUUCUUUUCUCUUGCCUCAUUUCUUUUAUCUCACACGCCAUUUUUCAGAAGUUUAUCAAAAAACAUUGGUAAGUCAGAAUCAUUCUUCUUUCUCUGUUGGCAACGAGGGAUUUACAUGUGAUAAAUGCAGAGAAAUAGCAAGGCUUACAGGGAAGAUUUCAGAAUUAGAGACAUGCAUCCAAACUUUAAUUGAGGACAGUAAGAAUGUUAGGGCUGUAGAUACGGCUUUGGAUGCGUCUAGCUCAGGGAGUCCUGUACAUUGUUUGGUUACGAAAUCAGAGCCUCUGCAGCAGGGCAACUGGGUGACAGUGAGGCAGCAUAAUCGUGGGUCAAAACACCACUCUUCUGUUCCGAUCAAAACAUUAAACAAGUUCCCUCCACUCAGUGAUGCACCCACUGAGAAACCUGAUGAAAGUGCUCUAGUUAUUGGUGAUUCUAUUGUACAGAACGUGAAUAUAGAGACACCAGCCACCAUAGUCAAAUGUUUACCAGGAGCCAGAGCGCCUGACAUCUUGGCAAAUUUAAAAGUGCUGGCUAAUGCUAAACAUUAAUACAGUAAGUUAUUCACUAAUGAUGUUCGACUUUUCACCAGUCGGAGAUCACUAAAAAUAACAUUAAACUGUUAACCUGCACCCCGACGCGGGCGUCCUCAAUGCCCCUCAACUCGCAGGUGUCAGUGUUUACGAAUAGAUUAAAUGAAAUGGAACAAAUUUAAUCUUGACAAACUAUUUAUCAUUAUAAAGAUCUAAGCCUCAAGCAUCGAUGACAGAUCGCUGUUUUUGAAUGGAAAGCUUAUAAAGACUGUAUUUUACUAGAUUUGUGUAAGCAGUACACAUCAAAACAUGCACAAUGGAAAUGCAGUACAUACCAGAUUUGUCGUAAUAACGAGUCAGAAACACAUCCACAGCUGUAAAUCCCAGUUUAGUUAGAAAGGUAAGGGUCCACUGAACGACAUCUCAUGGAGCACGUUUAGUCCAACGAAGCAAUAACAUUGUAAUAUGGAUCAUAAUUCCUUUGUUUACAUUUCAUUUCUUCAGUGACAGAAUUGUUUGCAUCCGUUAUGGAAUAACUCAUGGUCAGAAACUGCAUCUUGGUAGUAAAAAAAACGGCAUGGUUUUGCAGCGUACAGUGUCACAAACAGAAUGAGACAAUCCACUGGAAAAAAGAAUGAAUGAAAGAUUGGCGAAAUGUAGUUUAUUUGAAUUUUGGCGCUCCCUCGUGACGCGCUCUGACGCACCUGUCAGCUGAUGGAUGCAGAACUUAUAGCAAUCGCCUUUUUCUUUGUUUCUUUUCAUUUUUAACAGUUUUUAUAUAUGUGAAAGUGUGUUUUAUGUUGAAUGUGAAUGUAUCUGCAUGAUUACCAUUCUUUGAGUGCAAAUUAGCCCAAAUCAGCUCGCUAUUACUGUAUGAUUAUGGCUAUCAAAGUGAACGCGUCUAUAUGAAUAGAGAGAGUGGAUUAUUUACUUUAUGGCACAUUUGUGUUAUUACCAUCUGUAUAAGUGGCCAUCAGCACAUCAGCCCUUAUUUUCAUUGUAAUUCAUUGUAAAUGCUGAAUUUCUAGCAAUCUCAGGAUGUUCUGUAAUUGGCAAAUAAAGUUAAAUCUUUUUUUUAUUAUUAUUAUUAUUAUUAUUAUUACUCAAAUGAUUCUUAUUGUAUUUUCUAGUGAUCAAAUAAAUCACUUAUGAUUUAUGAUGUCUAAGUUUCUGUCUAGUGUUUUAUAAUUGAAAAAAACAACUAUGCAUUGGUAUGUUUAAUGACUAAAUAGUUUGUAGAAGCCUUCAAUACUACUGGUAAAUAUUUUUAUAUUUGGGGGGUGGGGGGUCUAGACAUAGUCUCAUAAAAAAUAUCUCAUUUUUCAUGCUAUCUUAUUCAGAUUUGAAAUCUAAACUCAUGAGACAUGUGACUUUCAACCCAUUAAUUUUCUAGAUUGCUCCAGGUAUCAUUUAAUUGUAACCCAGGUUAAAAUCUUUUCAAAAUAUAUAUUAAAUGUUUGUAUAUUGGUUCUGCUGUCCCCGUCCCUUUAAAUUGCCUGUGUGGAGUACGUGCUCUGCGACUUCACGUAACCCCAGUCAAUUGACUGAGCUUAGCCAAUUACGCAAUUGAGCACAGGUGUUUAAUCAGACUGUGGCGUCUUCCUCAUUCAGAGGCGUGGGGAAGCCGAUCGACAGUUGUGGACAGAACAACUUAACUGGCUGCAGGGAAUUCGUCACCGCCAUCAGGUUAUGUUUACAUAGAGGAACUGGCCAGGCUCUCUCUCUCUCUCUCUGUCUAGAGAUGAAUGAUGGCGAGCUGAAUUACUAUGGCUAGGAGCCUAACAUCUGAGCAGCAUCUACUGAUACAGGUUGUCUGCAGCCUGUCUCCAACACACGUCUCCAUAGACUAGAGCUUCAGUCCCACAUGCACAUCCUUUCCCUGGACAAUAACCAAUGGACUUAUUAAUAUACAUUCUCAUAAAACUCUUGUGGGUUUGUCGUGUUAGUCUUCAAGAAACCAAACAUCGCUGGGACAGUUUUAUCCUUUUUUUCUUUUUGCUCUUGUGUGUGGUAUUUGCUGUAAUUUCUGUUGGUAUAUCUUGAACAAUAACCUCAAAGUGCACUUGAUUAUAAUCGGUUGAACUGCAGUCUGU